AUGUCAGGAUCUGCUGGUUUCGACAGACAUAUCACCAUUUUUUCGCCGGAGGGCAGAUUGUAUCAGGUUGAAUACGCUUUCAAGGCUAUCAAUUCGUCCAAUAUCACGUCGUUGGGAGUUUCUGGUAAAGACUCUGCUGUGUUGAUUUCACAAAAGAAGAUUCCCGAUAAGUUGUUGGAUCCCAAGACUGUGUCAUAUCUCUUCAAGAUUACGCCCUCUAUUGGUUUGGUCGCUACAGGAUCGAUUGCUGAUGCCAGAUCACAAGCUUUAAGAGCAAGAUCUGAGGCUACAGAAUUUAGAUACAAGUAUGGCUACGAGAUGCCUGUAGAGUCGUUAGCUAAGAGAAUGGCCAAUAUUUCGCAACUAUACACCCAGAGAGCAUACAUGCGUCCAUUGGGUGUUGCUUUGACAUUCUGUCAGGUUGAUUUCGAAGAUGAAAACAGGGGACCCCAGAUCUUUAAAUGCGACCCUGCUGGCUACUACACUGGGGUCAAGGCUGUAGCUACUGGUCCCAAACAACAAGAAGCUACUACCUACUUGGAAAAGAAAUUCAAGAAAACCGACCACGUCAAGGGUGACUGGAAGGCCACUGUAGAGUUUGCCAUCACUGCAUUGAGCUCUGUGUUGGGCACAGACUUCAGAAAGAACGACAUUGAAAUCGGGGUAGCCACAGCAGAUGGUUUCCGUAUCUUGACCUCUGAUGAAAUAGACGAAAGAUUAGUGGCCAUUGCAGAACAGGAUUGA